AGCAGCAAAUAUCCAAAAGCAGCCAACUGUGGCAAGAGUAGAGGAGCCACAUAAUCAUUUUUCACACUAGUUGCUUAGUUGAGAAAUUCACCACAUGCACUAACACAAACACGUGAAUUGGAUAACGUAGCUCACCACUGCUGGACUACUCGAGUGGACCGAGCAAAAUCGCUCGCAUAGCUGCCAGCAGCUGGUGCUUGGCAUUUUUCACAAAGUAUCGGGUUGUUGAGCGUUGCGGACGUGUGUUGACCUGAACGCGGGCGUCAAUCGGAUAUUAAAGUGAAAGAAAAAUAAAUUUAAUAAAACUUAAAAACAGCUAAGUAGCAAUUUGAGGAAUUGGACAAAUUGAAAAAAAAAAAAUUAAUAAAAAAUAAGUAAAAGGAAAUAAAUAAAUAAUUAAAAGAAAAUAAAUAAAUAAAAUUAUCUAAAAAAUAGGUGUUUAGCUAAGAACACAAAAAACAAAAACAAUAACAAAUAUACAUUCAACAAAGCGAUUAGCGGCUUGGCGCUUGUGUAAAUUUAUUUGAUUUCAGCCAGCUGUUGAGUACUAAAAACGGAGAGGGCAAUUAAACGCCGAUAAAAGCAAAUACAACCUACAAAACAGAAGGCCAAGUAAAAGCAAAAUAACAAUAAAAGAAAAACAAAACCAAAAGCAAACAAAAAAUACUAUAAAAUAAGAACAAAAAAACAAAAAAAACAUGCGUUAAAAAUUCCAAAAUUACAGCUGUGCGAUAUCCGCAUAUAUUGAGGAAAUACCAUCACUCCAACACAUACACCAAAACACACACACGUACAUGGCAGCUUAAACAGCUGUAGGCAGUCAACAAUAACUCCUACGCAACGCAGAAACUACAAAGAAAAAAUUGUGUGAAAUUUCACAGAAAAAUUUCGUUGAAAUCACAAAAAAAAAUUUAUAAAAAUAAAAAAAGAAUAUUGCGAAUAUUCACAAUCAAAUGAAUUAAACAAUAAUAAUAAAAUAUGCCAAAGUGAUUUGUAUACAAUACUGUAACCAAGCGUUGAAGAGUGCGAAUAAAAUGGCUAAGUAAACAAAGGUAAGGAAAAUUGCGAAAAAAGUUGUGAAAAAAAACAAUAAAAAUAAACAUUGUGAGGGAAAUAAAAGGAAAUACAUAAAAAAAUCGAUGGGCAAUAAAAUCGAUUGAAUAAAUAUAGCUGUCUGUGUGUGACUGACGAUAUUUAGUGGAGGAAAGAUUGCGAAUAGCUGAAGGUGUGUCAUAAAACUUAGUUUAAAUAAAACAAUUAGGAAUAGCGAGCGAGAGUGUUGAAGAUGUGUUGAAAGUGGCAAUCUCCGUAAUUAAUAUAAUAACUAAAAAUAAAUCAAAAUGAAAUGUUAACUGAAAAAUAAAUUAAAAAAAAAAAAACUGCUGUAAAUAGUUGUGAAGCAAGUUUUCAGCGUGAAGAAGUUAAAAUACAGCACAUUAUAAAAGUCAUAAGAAAUCUUAUAAAACCUAUGAAGUGAACAAAAGUGUUUUUUAAUCUAAAAAUCUGGGUGUUGCAAAAAUAAAGCUUAGAAUUUAAGAAAAUAUACAAAAAUGUUUGAAAAAAAAGAAUUUUAAAAGCCAAAAAAUUCAUGCGUUGAAUACAAAAUAUUACAAAAAAAACGCCAAAAAACAAAAUAAGAAGAAACGCCAUAAAAUUCAACUCACCAUUUUGAGAAAAAAAAUCAGAUUAUCGCAGCAACAAAUUUAAUGGAUUAAUAACUGAUAUUACGCGUACUCACAAAUUCAAUAAAAAAACCAUACUCUUGUAUAGCAACUUUUUAAGUUUUAAGAGCAAAGCAAACUCUUGAAACUUAAACUCAAAACUGCAUAGUAACAACCACCUUUAACACCACCUAAACACCAAUUUGCCAUCAUGUCCGAGACGCAAGACAACAAUGGCGAUCAGCAGUUGCUGCAGGAGGAAGCUGGCGGUAGUGAGAAUAAAAUGAAGUCUCGCCUGCGUAAGGGCGCACUAAAAAAGAAAAAUGUAUUCGCGGUUAAGGAUCAUUGCUUUAUACCGCGUUUCUUCAAGCAGCCUACAUUUUGCUCGCAUUGCAAGGACUUCAUAUGGUAAGUCUGCAAUUCAGUUCAACCGUUAAGUAACAAUUUUAAAAUUGAAUCAAAAUGCAUUUUUAUAACUGCGUGGUAAGCUCGAUGGCAUAUGUAGUGGGGCUUGUACUUAUUCAUGGAGGUACUUAAUUACAUAGCAAAUACAUAACAUCAAUUUUCAAUUAAAUUAUUAAUUAAAACAUACAGGUAUUUUCUUGGUCUAUCUACUUGAAUAUAGGAUGGAGAGGGCAAUGAAAAUUAUAUUUUAAUUUUAAUACAAGUUUUUGCUUUUUUAAGUAUUUAUGUUUUAUAAUUCAAGUUAAAGUCUCUUGAAAACUAUUAGUUAUUAUCUAGAAAUCCAAAAUAUGUGCGUGUGCCGGAAUAUAACCUCAGCUACUCGACUUUUUGACUUUUCAGCUUCCCGCUCCGGCUUCUUCAAAUCCACGCCUUUUGGUAAAUUCAUUUUUUGUCAUAUCAACUUCUUUUUCGGUUCAGGCCUGGGCGGUGUUGUCCAUUUUGGCUCUUCUAUUUAUCUGAAACACAAAAACCAAAAAAACAACAAUUAAACAGUAUGACUGUAGUUAUGUUCCGUACUAUACUAAAAAAAAUUAACCAACUGACGCCGUUUUAAAUUUCACACUCUGAAAAUCUGGUUUUUUCUUCAGGUGUUUAAUCAAAUCAAAUAAAUACGAAAUAAUUUAAAUAAUAUAAUAUAUUAAUAUGAUUCUAAUAGGACUAUGAAUAAGUUCGUGCGGUUUUUU